AUGGGAAAUGGGUUUCUUGAUAGAGUGGAAGAGAAUACGGCUGUCCGGACUUGGUCUGAGAAGAUACAGCAUGAAAAAGGUAGACAAGCGUCUGUUUCAGCUCUUGCUCAGUUUUGGAAUCUGGCCUACAGUUGCUUCACAUUCGGGAAGGUUGAUUUGGUGCCUACGAUAGAGGAGUACAUAGCUUUACUUCGGUGUUCGAAGGUUCAGGUAGAUAGAAUUUAUUCGAAAGCGGUAAAUGUACCGACCUUCUUGAAGAAGCUGAUAAAUAUAACAGGGAUGAGUGAGCAGUGGGUUACGGCUCGGAUUAAGCAAAAAGGGGAUAGCAGGUGUAUUCCCUGGAAAAGUUUGAGGGACCUCAUUUUAGCACACCUAGAUGUGAGGAAGAAAGUAGACGUCUUUGCUUUGAGUAUAUAUGGCUUAAUUGUGUUUCCUAAGAUUUUGGGGCAUAUUGACGAGGCGGUCACUGAUUUAUUUGAUCGACUUGAUAAGGGAGUUACGCCAGUUCCGGUGAUUUUGGCAGAAACCUUUAGGUCAUUAAAUGCAUGUCGAAGAACGGGAGAGGGCAGAUUUAUUGGAUGUGCGCAGCUAUUACUUGGGUGGUUCCAUAGCCACUUUUGGAAGGUUGAUAAGAAUUUGCAAGAGGAGAACGUCGAGUGGAGAGCUUCGUGGUUACUUCCAGAUGAUAUCCUAUAUCGGUGUGGAGAUUUUGACUGGGUUCCGUUGCUCGGGAUUUGGGGAGCUGUUGGUUAUGCUCCAUUGCUAGUAUUAAGACAAUACAGGUCAAGACAGUUUGUUUCUGCCACUCAAGGACUAGCUGAGUGUGAAUUUUCAUAUAAGGAUGAUGGCUACAAGAGGAAGGCUCGUGAGAUGGCCAAUGCAUGGAAUCAGACUCGCCGAAUGAAGAUUAGCCGUGGGUCCAAUGACAACUUCUGA